AUGUGUGGAAUUUACGCGUCCAUUAGCAGACGUGACGGGCUCGUACCAUCCAGCGCUCUCCAGUCGCGUCUUGUGAAGAGGGGACCUGACCAUCUCGGGACCACACGGGUGUCCGUCAAAUCCGGCGAGGACAGUCAAGUAGCGGAAAUUUUUCUGACAUUCCAGGCGACUGUCUUGUCCCUGCGUGGUCGUGGCAUUACCGAGCAACCUUUGGUGAGGGCAACCUCGGGUGCCAUCCUCUGCUGGAAUGGAGAAGCUUGGACCUUAGGAGGUAAGACUAUUGCCGAGAACGAUGGUGCUGCCGUCCUGUCGACCUUAGAUGCUGCGUCGGGCGAGGAUGCCGUUCUGGAUGUGCUCCAGAGCAUCAACGGCCCCUUUGCCUUCAUCUACUAUGAUCCCCGGGAUGGCGGGCGCAUAUAUUUUGGUCGCGAUCGUCUGGGUCGCAGGUCGUUGUUAGUGCAUGAUGGAGAAGACUUUAUUCUAUCAAGCGUCGCCGACCCAGGUCUUUCUGGCUGGGUGGAGGUCGAGGCAGAUGGUGUCUACUCCCUGGAUGUAGCACGUUUGGGUGAUGCGCGUUCCGGAUCCGUGACUAUGCCCAUGGUCAAGCGACAUGUUUGGCUGCCAGAGGACCUCGGGGAAUAUUCACUUUCUUUGCGCGUGUUGAAUAUUCCCCAACCGCCUAGGGUUCCUGCAGUAUCAGACUAUGAGGUUGAUACCAGAGUUGCCGUCCUAUUCUCGGGUGGGCUAGACUGCACAGUCCUGGCCCGCCUGGCAAGCGAGUUGCUGCCGCCGGAGCAAGGAAUUGACUUGAUUAAUGUAGCCUUUGAGAAUCCCCGCAUUGCUGCGAGACUACAGCCUGCGGAAGACGACGAGUUUGCCAUCUACGAGGCCUGUCCUGACCGUAUUACGGGAAGAAAGUCUUUCCAAGAGCUGCGUGAUUGCUGCCCGGGGAGGCGGUGGAGAUUUAUUGCUAGCCAUCGAAGUGAGGUGGUAGCGCUCAUGCAUCCUCACAAUACCGAGAUGGAUCUGUCGAUCGCAUACGCUCUUUAUUUCGCUGCCAGAGGUAUUGGCAUUGAUCACACCGAUCCUGAAACGCCCAGCAGCGCCCGACUUGUUUCCACGCCUGCAAGGGUGCUCCUUUCGGGCUUGGGAGCCGACGAACUCUUUGGUGGUUACGUGCGGCAUGCUACCGCUUUUGCGCGGAAGGGCUACCAUGGUUUAUUAGAAGAGCUCAAGCUGGACGUCGGGAGGCUUGGGAAGAGGAACCUCGGUAGAGAUGACCGAGUUAUGUCGCAUUGGGGUCGAGAAAUUCGAUUCCCAUUUCUGGAUGAGCAGCUUGUUAAAUGGGCUGUUGAAGCUCCCGUUUGGGAGAAGUGCGACUUCGCCGUGCCCGGGAAGGAAAGUGUUGAGGCUGACAAGAGAGUUCUCCGUUUACUUGCGGCACAACUCGGAAUGAAAUCCGUUGCAAGGGAGAAGAAGAGAGCGAUUCAGUUUGGAUCGAGGACGGCCAAAAUGGAGAACGGCAAGACCAAGGGCACGCAUUUGAUCUCUGGCUAG